AAAAUAACAAACACCAAUUUAACUUCCCAAGCAAAAAUCUUUCCUCCUCCUCUCUCAUUUCGCUCCGGAACUUCUCUUUCCCCCUCUCUCUCUCUCUGAUCCGCCUGAAAAUGGGACCGAUUGUCUUGACUCAGCUUGCGACGGGCCUUAGCGUGCUGGCCGGAGCCGUCCUCGUCAAAUCGGUGAUGGAACAGAAGCCCAUGGCUGGUCCAUUCCAGCGGUGCUCAACUUGCAACGGCACAGGUCGAGUUACUUGUCUCUGCUCUCGCUGGUCAGAUGGAGAUGUGGGAUGUCGGACUUGUGCUGGCUCCGGUCGCAUGGUGUGUAGUAGUUGCGGUGGUUCCGGUACUGGUCGACCAAUUCCGGUUCGAAUAUCUGCCAGGCCGACGAACCGCCCGUCGUAAGUGGUUUGUGAUUAGAGAUUUAUAUAGCUCCCGUUUCUCUCUUAUAUUUUUAUGUAAUUUUUUUCCCAAAUUACAAAAUUAAAUUGUGUAAUUUAAAAAUUGAAGAUACCGAAAAGGAAGAGAUGGGAGAUUUAGUAGGUUUAACUUGUAAUGUAUUGGCUACUGAGAUUCUUAUAAAAUCGAUAAGUUUAUAAUCUAA